GGGAAAAAAGAAAAGAAUUCGUGUUUUAUUUUGAUGUCUGUCUGCCAGUUAAUCUUGUAGCAGAGUCCUGCUUUUGGAACUGGAACGUCAAAGAUGAUCCCCCUGGUGGCAAGAGCGGAAAGUACCGCCACAUCACCCCCCUGCCAGUGGUUAACGAUAUUCUGGUUGACUGUCCGGCGUCUCUUCCUUGGUGCGUGGUUAGGCGUUGUUGCGACGGUGGAUGUUCGCUGAACCGCCGUUGCUAUGUCCUCUUCUCGAGGCAGUGGCCCGGAAUCGGGAGAGCUCAGCGAUUCCGAAGAUGGUUAUACAGAUACAGAUCCAUUAAGGUACGAACUGAGAAAUAUCCAAAAUGUGAUACACGUUACUCGACAAAACAUUGAUGCACUGAACAACCGCUUUGCUGGAUUUCAACAUCCACCCUCUAUAUAUUUGAACGAAUAUCAAGAGCUAACUAGUAAGUUGCAUGAUUUAGAAUCCAAGGAACAGAAGCUCAAUGAAUUGUUGAAUGCCAGUCGAAUAUCUGGUAGUGCUUCCACGUCAGAAAAUGAAUCUCGCGAAGCAAAGGAGUCCAUAAGGGGUCAGAGAACGCCGAUGAGAUCUCUACUGAGGGCGUAUUUACCUAAUCAACAGCGUACCAGUGUACAGGUUCGCGAAGGACUUCCGUUGAGGGACGCGUUGGCCAAAGCGAUGAAACUAAGGAAUUUGACUACAGAAAUGUGCGUGGUAUACAUUUUGGGUGUAGACAAUACCAAAUAUUACACGUCAUGGGACACUGACAUCUCUUUACUGGACUGCGAUGAAAUAUCUGUGGAAAUUUUGGAUAAGUUUCCUAUAACUACUUCCAUUUCGCAUAACUUUGUGCGCAAGACUUUCUUUUCGCUAGCGUUUUGUGAAUGUUGCAGAAAACUCCUAUUUCAGGGAUUUUAUUGUAGAACAUGCAAUUAUCGGUUUCAUCAAAGGUGUGCAGCAGGCGUACCGGCUUUAUGUCAUCAAGUACGUAUGCAAGACGCUUAUUACCAAGCGUUAUUGGCGCAUAAUCUUGAGAGUACCGCUGGGAUUCUGCAACUUCCGUCUGGUUAUGGUUUAAGCAGAAGUAUGUCUCCGUCUCUAGCACCUUCGAGGAAUCAGAGGCAUCCGCGUUCUUUGGGACAACAAGAUCGCUCGAGCUCAGCGCCUAAUGUUUGUUUUAAUAUGGUCAAACCAAGCGGCGAAUCCGGUAAUUUAGACGAAUACAGUAGGUCUCAAAGUUUAGGUCGGCCAAUUGGUAUUAUGCAAAGUGCAGUAUCACCUGGUAGUAGUCCAACGAAACAUAGUCAGUCAACGCAGGCUAGUCCAACUAGUACUUUGAGGCCGAAAAGACAAAGAGCAAGAUCAGCCGACGAAUCGUCUAAAAAUCUGUUAGCACCUAGAGAAUCCAUAGAGGAUUGGGAAAUUCCAGCGGAUGAGAUUUUAGUUGGAGCUCGUAUCGGAUCUGGUUCAUUUGGAACGGUGUAUAAAGCUCAUUGGCAUGGACCGGUAGCUGUGAAAACAUUAAACGUUAAGAUACCUACUGCUGCUCAGUUACAAGCAUUUAAAAACGAAGUAGCGGUAUUGCGUAAAACACGACAUGUAAAUAUUCUUUUGUUUAUGGGAUGUGUGAGCAAACCGCAGCUUGCAAUUGUUACUCAAUGGUGCGAAGGUUCUUCGUUGUAUAAACAUUUACAUGUAUUUGAAACGAAAUUUGAUUUAUUCACGUUGAUAGAAAUUGGAAGACAAACUGCGCAAGGUAUGGAUUACCUACACGCAAAGAACAUAAUCCAUAGAGAUUUGAAAAGUAACAAUAUAUUCUUGCACGAUGACCUUACCGUCAAGAUUGGCGAUUUUGGCCUGGCUACAGCAAAGACUAGGUGGUCUGGUUCUCAACAAUUCCAUCAACCAACCGGAUCUAUCCUUUGGAUGGCACCAGAAGUUAUAAGAAUGCAAGAGGAAAAUCCAUACAGUUUUCAAUCGGACGUUUACGCGUUCGGCGUUGUUUUGUUUGAAUUGUUAGCUGGCCAAUUACCGUAUUCACAUGUUAAUAAUAAGGAUCAAAUACUAUUUAUGGUCGGACGUGGAAAUUUACGUCCCGAUUUAAAUAAAUUACGUUCAGAUACUCCAAAAGCAUUAAAGAGAUUGACGGAAGAUUGCAUCAAAUUUUCCAGAGAAGAAAGACCAAUAUUUCGCCAAAUUUUGGCUAGUUUAGAGGGUCUUUCACGAGGAUUGCCGAAAAUCACAAGAUCAGCAUCUGAACCAAAUUUGAACAGGACACAACUGCAAUCGGAUGAUUUCGUAUACACCUGUGCUUCACCAAAAACUCCAGUGAACUUUCAGUUUGGGGCAUUCUCUUUUUAUCCUACUGGUGGGAACAUAUAAAAAGUAUAUCACUCGAAGCAAUGAGUUUGAUGGAAUUUGAAUAAAUAAAAUAUUUGAAGAAGGAACGGAAGAAAGUGAAAAAAGGAAAAAGGAAAAAGGAAAAAGGAAA